CGACCAAGGGCUCCGUCCGUCGUCCGAGUGGCUGUUUUCUACUUUUCUUGCUGCUUUGCUUACAAUUACACAGUAGAGUAGACAGUACUACGGUGUCUUCUAAACUGGAGAGUGUUUCUAAUUCUAUUUUUUUAGAGUUGUAUAUAUCAUGCAGGACGUAUAUAAAAAGAUGAAAAAAUUUGAGAUUCCCUCGAAACCCAAAGUAAAUUUGGGCGAAUUUGCAGAAAGACUUAAAUAUUAUGUGCUGAAAAACCGUAUUGCUGAAACUGAAACCGCUGAAAAUGAAACUUUUGGUUCAGAAGUUCCCGCACGAUAUAUCAACUUAUCUCUACUAGCGUUUCCAGAUGAAAUUCCAGCAUUUAAUAUUUUCAAACCGAGAGAUAUUAGUACUCUUCCAAGUGCAAAAACAUUAAUGGAUGCAAGUGCCGAACUAAAAUGUGUGCAACUGGUUACUAAAGAGCUUGAAGAGAGAAUAAAAGCAAAAGCAGGAGAAGGCACGAAAUCUGCCACUGCAGGCAGGAAGACUACAGGAAAGAAAAAAACUACUAAGAAAACACCCGAAAAAAAAACGACCAAUGAAGCUUCUGGAGCCUCUGUAUCAAUACCAGAUGAAACAGGAGCAGAAAAGGCGGAGAAAAGUUGCCUUGACCAAUUACUCAAGCGACCUUCUCAUAUUAAGGCCUACCGAAUACAACCAAAACCCGUGAGUUAAAAAAUGAAUCUUAAAAUUC